UAUUGUAUGAUUGGUCUACCCUCAUAUCUUGUCUGUACCUUAAUUUUAUAGGUUCUUAUAUAUACUAAUAUGGUACACGUUUAUCAUUUGGCUGUAUGGUGCAGCACCUGCAUUGUGGAACAACUAAGCAAUGGAUGGGAGCAGUCUCAUUGCUUCUUUGUUAAUAUUUAAAAUUAAAUAUAAACAUCAGUCGUGUGCUACAUGCUACAGCAAAAAUGUCUGAAAAUUCGAUAUAUGAUAUGGCCUACCGCGGCAAAACCACAGACGUUAAAAAUUUAUUAAAUGAAAAUGAAAGAUUAAAAACGGCUAAAGAUGGUAAUAAUCGAAUGUUAAUACAUUGGGCAGCACUCGGAGGACAUGAUGACUUAGUAAGAUAUUUAUUAUCUCUUGAUGUACCGGUAGAUCCUACAGAUGAUAUGGAUAUGACACCAUUAAUUUUGGCAGCAUCAGCUGGUCGUGAGAAAGUUGUUAAUAUCUUACUAAAUGAAGGUGCAAAUGUUAAUGCCAAAACUCAAGAAGGACAUUCAGCAUUGCAAUAUGCGGCAUCAAAAAACUGGAAAUCUAUUUGUGUUGCAUUACUAGAAAAAGAUGCUUAUAUUAAUAUUAUCGACAAACGUGGUGCUACACCACUACAUAGAGCUGCAUCUAAGGGCAAUAUUGCUAUUGUGAAACUUCUCAUAGAAUAUGGACGAAAUUUAGAUAUCGAUAGUAAAGAUGUUGAUGGCAAUAGUGCAUUACAUUUAGCAUGCGAGGAAAAUCGUGUUGAUGAAGCUAAGUUAUUAGUGAAAAAUGGUGCUACCACAACACUGAUGAAUAAACAAAAGAAAACGCCUCUGGAUUUAGCAAGUCCAGGAUUAGUACGGCAAUUGAAAGAACUACAGGGAAAUUGAUCUUUAAUAAUAAAAUAAAGCAUCAAUGUCAUUGGUUCAGUGAUGUUCAAUCUGCGUUUUUUUAGCGUUAAUGCAAGUUUAAUAUUUGAUAAUAUAAAAGAUGUGUUAUGUUAAUUUAUUCAUACAAAUUCAUACAAAUAAUUUUGUUAUGUUAAAGAUAAUACAGAUAUGAGAUAUAUAUGAAUGAAUUCCUAUAUAGUUUUUAAAUAACAAGUAUGCAAAAAGAGGAAGAAAAACAAAAACCUACAUUAAUUAUAGUUAGCAUCUCAAUGCACAAUAAUUUUUAUAGUUGUAAGAGAUGCAAAAUGAAUGAAAAUAGCAUUAAUAUUUUCUUCAACUUGAAGAUACAGCAUUCUUCCAUACUACAUGAAAAUGUUAUCAAAGCAAAUUGUUUACAUGGGAUAAUGUUCAAAAUGCCAAUAUUCAAAAUAAUAUAUGAUAUAUAACUAGAAACUAUCUUACAAGAUUGUAUUAAUUAAUUUGCAAACAGAAUUUAACAAAAUCAUUUAAUUUAAAA